AUGUCGCGUGCGGCUGAAAAAAACAACAAAUAUGUCUUUUUUUAACGAGAUAUUGCAAAAUUAGUUUGGAAUAAAUGUUUUGCAGGGUAUUAUCUGCUGGAGCACCGCGUAUUUCCUUUUGAAAGUGGUCUCCAGGUUACAGGCAGCUGUCAUCUGGGAGGGACAGCUCCAAACUGCACGAUUAUUCAGCGCGAGGCCGAGGUCAUUUUGUGUUUUAGCCGGCAUCGCAGACAUGUCUUUGUUUGGUAAGAUAUUUAAUGGAGGAGAAAAGGUGAGAAAGAAGCCCUGCCGACCAGAGGAGAUUGAGAACCUCGUAGAGAAAGAGGAGUUGCUGAUGAAGAAGAAAGACUUUCUGAAGAAAAAGAUUGACCAGGAACUUCUGUUUGCCAAGGAAAACAGCAGAAAAAACAGAAGGGUGGCUCUGCAGGCGCUGAGAAGGAAGAAGUGGUACGAGAAACAUCUCAAGUACAUUGACUGUGCUGUUAAGGCCAUGAGGUCUGCUCAUGAGCACAUAGAUAUUGUCAACAAGGUGAAUGACCUGAUCAAGGACAUAACAGAAGAGCAGGAUGUGACUCAACACACGCCAGACACCCUGUACACGUCUGCGAGCUUUGGAGUGGAAUUUGAUGAGGAUGAGCUGCUGGCAGAGCUGGAGAGGCUGGAAAAGAAUCUGGAUGAGAGUCUCUUUGAGAAGGACAGAACGGAGGACAGAGACCCUUGUCCCAAAGUGUCUCCCACUGCAUCACCUUCCCAUCCUGUUACAGAGAGCCCCCCUCCAUCACAGUCCAACACUGAGUCCGAUUCAGCUAACUCUUCUCCACGUGCACCUGCCAUCCUCAUCACAGCUCCAUCACGAGAAGACAUCCACGCCUCACCAUCCACCAUGACUAUAGCUGAUGCCGUCAAAGAGCGGAGGCCUUCUUCCACACCCUUUGUAGUGGGGAAGAAACUAGUGACCAGACGGUAACUCAACACGUCCUGCCACAGAAGGUAAACUGGGAACCAAACUUAGUCUUCUUCCAAGAUGGACUCAAAAUGAUCUUCACAAACACCACAGAACCGCAGAAGCAUUGUGUUUACAUACGGUGUCCCGGCCUAUUCAAACUCCGGGAAAGCGCCCAGCUGUCGUCCUGUUGGUGGCC